AUGGAUACUUUAGAGCUUGAGUUUCUUAAAAAUAACAAUAUGACAUUUCAAAGCGUCAUAGCUAAGGGAGGUUUUGGGACAAUCUACCUGGUAUUUUCACUUCAAUAUCAACAAUUUUUUGCAUUAAAGAAAAUUCCCGAGAACAGAUUCAACAAAGCAGAAGUAGACUGCUUGAUGGAAAUUGACCACCCUAACAUUAUCUCACUGUACAAAUAUUACAAAUUCCAAGAAUAUAUUUACCUUCUUAUGGAGUAUUGCCCUUAUGAUCUCGAGACUCUUCUUAAGAAGGAAUCCGAAAUUUGCGAGGAUCAGCUUAAAAGGUAUUGUUACGGAAUUCUCCAAGGUAUUAAGGCUUGCCAUGAUCGAAACAUUUCUCAUUCAGACAUCAAACCAAGUAACUUUUUAAUUGAUAAGUACGGAAGAAUUAAAGUCUGUGACUUUGGUCUGUCAGUAAUGCACUUUAAUUGCGCUGAUUGUCAUUCAUUCCGCGGUACUAUCUAUUUUAUGGCUCCAGAAAUUCUAUGCAAGAAAGGAUAUGACUCAAUAAAAGCUGAUAUCUGGUCACUCGGCAUUACAUUCUUCUACAUGGCAACUCAAACCUUCCCAUUUAAUGGCGAUGAUCGAAAAGACAUCAUAAAGGAGGUUACUACUGGUAUGUACCCCAUUUCCAAGGUCGAGUCAGCAGCACUUAGACAGGUUAUCACAAGCUGCCUACAAAUUGAUCCACUUGCUAGACCAACAGUGGAUGAUUUACUGAAUAUGCCAUUUUUCGAAUCAAUUAAAAGAAAUCGUCCUCAUCGCGGAAACAUUUCGAUGGCUCAUUCACUCAACCAAUUGAAUUACAAGCCAUUAAUAUAUGGAUGCACUUCCAGAUUAGAUAGAGCUUCGUUAAACCCAAUGCAUAUAUUAAUAACUAAGCCAAGAGUUAGCGAUAAGAAACAAUAA